AUGUGCACCACAAUGGAGAGUGCGUUCUCUGAUAUGGACAGCUCCAGCUGCGACUUUUCCUUUCCUCACACGGAUGAUGAUGAGGAUUCUCGCGGCAGCAUGCAUGUCUCCUCGCCUGCGUCCUCGUUUGCGUCGUCGGGAAACGCACAGGACGCUGGCGAGCUGCAGCAGAAAAAGAAGCGCAGAGGUCGUGCGCGCAGCGACGCCGCUGUUCACGUAGUAAAGAAGAACCGCAGGCUGAAAGCCAAUGACCGCGAGAGGAACCGUAUGCACAACCUGAACGAUGCGCUGGACGCUCUGCGGAGUGUGCUGCCUGCCUUCCCGGACGAUACCAAGCUCACCAAAAUCGAGACUCUACGCUUCGCGCACAACUACAUCUGGGCACUGUCCGAAACCAUCCGCAUCGCGGACCAGCGGGGGAACAAAGCGAGAGACUCCUCACCAGCCGUGAGCUGCAUGACGGAAGUACCGAGCCCGGGGAGCGAUGCGUGCUCAUGGGCAUCAAGCGCCUCCUCUUCAGGCUCUUCUCCAUCCUAUAGCUCUUCUAACCCCGGCAGCCCGGAGGCUAUGGACGAUUAUGGAUUUCUGCAAGCAGAUGUUGUUUACCGCUACCACAGCUACCCUGUCAUUUAUUAA